GUCUGCGCUCAAGCAAGCGUAGCGACUCCGUACAGGGCCUGGGUAAUUGAACUAAUAAAUCUAGUCGUGUAACUGCACUCCCGGCUCGCUCAGGAUCAAGGCGAAACCAUUAAACCUACGCUCAGAUUUCGACUUGACUCCAGUUACAUUUAGUCACACGACACUGCCGUGAUGUAAGCUUUCACAAAUUACAAGUACAAAUAAUAUGUAUUCCUACUUGUCAUACUAUUUCACUUUCGCACUAUAAUGUAGACUUAUCUUUGAACGUUAGUGAAACGAAAUACAUUUGUUGUUGCUAUAAAACGCGACAAAGGAAAUGAAACCUUAUCAUCAUAGGUUGUUUUCGAUUUAGUUUCUCGAUAUCUUUCUACAAACGUGUAACCACACGUCGCACGCGCUUGUAUUUCCAUGUUCAAUUAUAAUUCUGAUUGUUUUAUAUUUACCUACGCUGUUAUUAUUGUAAAUAUAUUUUUUCAAGCUUGUUCGCAGAUAGCAAAUGUCAAAAGUCAGCCGGAUAAUGUUGAAGAUAUCCUGAGAAUGAUUUACAAAAAUAAAGAACAAGUCAAAGACAGAUAUUAUGAUUAUAAUUCAUACGUCACCACACAACGCUACAGAGUGUCACGCCGAAAUCAAAAUACGUGGAACACACAAAAAGCGGCUCUGAGAGAUGUCUUAAUGAUGAAACUCGUAUCUUACUAUGAGGACAAAUAUAAACUUUCUCAUCGCGAUGUAACUACUGAAAUUAUAAUAUCAACUGGAGGUACAAGACUGAGUGACAACGAUAUAUUUAAUGAGAAAUCUAAUUAUUAUGAUGACUUACAAGUAGCAGAGGUCAAUAAACGGAAAUCCAAAACUGUCGAUAAACAGAUUGAACACAAACCUGUAGCGGAAGUAGUCACUAUAUGAAGAAACAACAAUCUUAACACGAGCACGUCACAUUUGUGAUGAGCAUAAUUACUAAUGUUUUGUGUUAAUUAACCAAGCAAUGUUAUGUUUAAAACAACGAUAUAAAUACAAAAUGUUCCGCGUUACAAUGUGUUGCACAUAUUUUCCCUUGAACAGAAAGCUCAAUACUCAAUUAUGCGUAGGUAGAAAUUCUUAUUUUUGCCGAUGUUUUUGCAAAUUUUCUCGGAGAUUGGCGCGCAUUGGCACUUGUUCAACGGCGUGGAGCAAAAGGCACUCCCGGGGACAACUCCAUCUGCACUAAAUGCUAUCUAUCAGUGGCGUAUGCCGGAUUUUAGAGAAGACACCGUGUCCAACGCAACUCCCGGGAUUAAGUUCUUUGACUAACAAUAUUCGUUUGGAAACGGUUUCGCCGUAAUAGAGAUUGGCUUCGUGGGAUAUGAACAGUGAAAUAUAUUUAAUUUUACAGUUAGUUAAAUAUACGACUGCAUCAGGAGAAUAACAUAUUUAAGUUUUUAGUAAACAUAUGCGUGAAUUAGUACCUAUCAAUUACUUAGAUAAUAUAAGAUUGUAAUUAAAGUAUAUAGACUUAUCAUUCAUUAUUAUUGUAAUUGUGUCAUAUCGCUUUCGAAAUUGUACAUUUAUUGUAAUGUUUUUUUUUAAACUAAAUAUUGACGUUAAUACUUGUAGUAUAGACCGUGCAUGUGUACCAUAAAACCUUGGAGUUGCGUGUUUGACCGAGAGGCCAUCGUAAAAUGCAUCAUAAACUUGCGCAAAUAAAUUUAGAAAAUUUACUUACCUAACACUCAGAACUAAAAUAGAAAAUGUGUUUGUACAAUCCUUUUAUACACCAUAAACUUGUUUCGCUCGAAGAAUACCCCAAUAAAAAAAUAACUAGGUGUUAUUUCCUUGCAAGAAUAAGAAUACUGGUAAUAAUCAUCGAGUUCAGCUUUGGCGAUGUGCCAAUAAUGCAAUGAAGUUAAAUCUCUGUGGGCAACAGGCCCGAUCCGGAAAAUAAGGCACGGAGUUUGUUAUGAUGCUGCUCCAGCAAAACAAUACCCGAAACAUGUCUCUCAUAUAUAAAAAUAAUACAGCCGCUUGAAUAAUAUUUCCUGCA